UUUAUUCGUGGCGGGAAUUGAGCUAAGAAUUGAAAGACGCUUGAAUUUAAUGUUUAUGUGUGCUGAGAAUUGUGCGAAGUUAACGUCUAACGAAGAUGGCGAAACCUAGUAUAUAUUCGGAACUCUUGUUAACGAACCUUGAAUUGUUGUUCAUGAAUCAUCCUCCACCACCAGAGCUACAGGGGAUAUUACAAAAGAAUCUGUUUUCAGUGCCAAAUAAGAGGGCAUCAGAUGAGUUAAUUUGUUACCUUUUCUCUCUCAUUGAUGGAGAUAAAUACAACAUCAAGCAGAAUUUGCUUUACAUCAUGUUAGACAAGAAAAGGGAAAAUAGUUUUUACUCUCAGGUCCACAGCUUUUCAAAAGAUAUAAGUGAUGAAUAUCCAGAGGAAAACCUGCCAAAAGUGGUUAAAUCAUUUUUCCUUAUGCCUUCAGGAGAAAAAUAUGUGCAAUACUUGUACAAACUUACAUUAAUUGCAAUGAAAAAUGAUCUUAAAAUGGCUGGGAUCGUAAUGCAUCCAGUUAGAAGACCUAAGGAUGAGGAAGAAUUAACAAAACUAGAAUCUAUGAAUGAUAUACUAGACGAACAUUUGAAAAUGCAGACCAAGUGUGCUGAGCAAUCACAUGUAAAGAACAAAAAUAAGGAAAGAUUGUUAAAACUACAAAGAGAGAGAAAGCGAAAGGUGCUGAUGGAGCUGACAGCAGAUCUAAAAUCGAAGAUGGAGAAGUAUAGUCUUCCAGAACAUAUGAAAAGUUUGGUCUUCUCAGGGUAUGACCAAAAAGUCAUAAAAGAGUGGUCCACAGUGCUGAGUCAAAGGUGUGAAAACCUGCAAAAAGAUGCCGAGGUCAUUAAAAACAUUAAGUGGAGUAUAUCUCAGCUUCAUAAGUCCGUUACCCAAAAGAGAAAUGGAACACUUGGAAAAUGUUCAUCAUAUCUCAGAAAUGAACCAUUGAAUGGGCGGUUUCCAGAAGAUUUCCUGAAUAAUUUGCUUAGGCAAGCAGAAGAAACUUUAAAUGCACGUCGUCUUGAAGGUCCUGCAGAUCUGUCACCAUACAUCCCUGAGCUAGAGAAUCUGAUAAAGGAGUUUAAAGAAAUGUUGGAUAUUGUGUCUCACUGUUCUCAGUUCAUUAUCCAGUUGCACGAUGAAACAGAAACACAAAUCCCACAACUGGAAGCUGCCCUUUUCUCCGAUGAGCAGCUGGAAGUGAAAAUUGUAGAAGACGAGGCUGCUGGUUGUGGGCACUCACUCAUCAAUAAGCUGUGCGAGAGUACACCACCAGAGAUGCUCAGAAACUUGAGAAUUGCUGAACUCACGUGUACACCUCCAAUGAAACAUCAUGAAACAGAAUCACAGAAUGCCUCCAGGACGAAUGCAGUUAAUGAAGAAGAUAUGACAGACGUAACAGAAUCAUAUACUCCUGUGGCCUUAGACACAAACUUGCUGAAGCCGAUAUGCUUUGAACGUAAAUGUGGUGGCAGUACAUGGAAACAUGCUCUCCUACUCUCCACACUGAAGAAGAAAAGCCAGCAGAAAGAAAAUCCCAUUAGUUAUUUCCAAAAUGGAAUGUGUUCACCAGAAAGCCUUACUGACACACCUCUCUCUCAGCCAAACAAGAGGACUUCAAAUCCAGUGAAAUCAUUAAAUAACUUGUGGACUGAAGAUUCUGAAAACUUUAGAAAUUACUGUGUCAGCAAGAAAACACUGCAUGCAGAACUUCCAUCUGAUACUGAGAGUCUUGAGAAAAGCAGCCUAACAAUUAAUAGUGCAGUUAAUAACCAAGUAGGAACUGAGUGUCAUGUCUUGGGUGUACCAGAUUCAGGUUUGGGAAGUGAAAGGAUAAAUCAAGUAUUUCCAGGACUGCUUCAACUGAGGUCUGGAACUUCAAGUUCAGAGGCAGUGAAAUCCCUGAUCAUUCAGGAUCAGAAUAAAGUAAGUGGUGUCCCUGUUCAUCAUAGACCAAGUGGAAGACACUCCUCCGAAGAAGAAAAUAGUCGGAUCUCUGAUAUCUUCGCCAGUGGAAAUUUCAGUCAGGAAUUUCAUAAUUUCAUGCAAGCAGUGACAAACUCCAAUGGUAGUUUGAUGGGUGCAUCUUCAGUAUUUGACAGCAGUUCUUCGCCCUCACCGCCAGGUAGCAAUAUGACCGGUAUUCACAUGUUAGAGCAUACAAGCUUGGAUUUUAUGCAUAUGUCAUCCCAUGCCGACACAUCACUUGCACAUUGGGAUGACCAGAAGGACCUGAAACGAAUUCUUAGUGUUGCCCUUUCACCUGCAGGUAUUUCACCCGCAGAAGUCCGAUCAAGCACACCGAUCAACAGCAGUUCAUCGUCACAACAAGAGCAGAAUGGACACGCGAAGGAAGGUGAAAAGCAACCACAACCAGCAGUCGGUGCCUACGCAGUGUCCAGAAUACCAAGAAUCAAGUCAUUAGGUGGGCUGAGGUUAAAGGAGAUGAGAAGCACUCUCUCAAGAGAAGACCAGUUUUAGUACAAAUGUGACAUUAUAUUGUACAGUUAGUGCUUAUGUGUGGUACACAAGAGGUAUUGAAGACGUCAGUGGAAAUGGAGGGGAGGGGGAGAUUUACUUCUAAUACGCCUGUGCAGAGUAAGUGGAAAUGUUCCUGCAGCUUUUUUAACUCUGAAGAUAAACUGUAUUCUAGAUUUUCUCUGACAACAAAUAAUAUCAGUUCCAAUAUGAAUCACUAUACUCUGAGAUAUUGAACUAUAAUUAGUGUUGUCAAUGUGGAUCCGAGGAAUGAAGACUGGUUCUGGGAUACUGAACUACAGUUAGUGUUGCACCAGAGCAGUGAAGAGUGGUUGCACCAGUUACUUAUAAAAUUACAAUGAAGUAUAUUCUGCACCUCAGGCAUCUCAGUGUUUGUAGAUAGUGUAAGAUAAUAGUGAGACAGGGCUCUUUAGACUGCUUGUAUCACUUGAAUUUCUUAAACGAAUUAAAUGUUUUACACAGUUCUAUGUAAGUUAUAAAAAAUAUACUCUUUUAACAAUUUA